CCCAACCGACCGGUGUCCGAGGCCCACGAGGCCAAUCUGGCCUUUCUGCGACUCUCUUAACUACCCCGUCCUCUUCCUCUCAAUCCGCCCCAUACUAUCCAACAAUCCUGUGUUCCCGCUUGAUGAUUUAAAGAGGCUGGGAUACAUCCACGGGUAAUAGGUUUUUAUUACGUUAAUUUGCGCUACGUGUCCUUCAGACGAACUUAUCACGAUGAUGAAUCCUUAUAUCAGUUGGGCCAUCCUGCUCGUCGUGGCAGGUGGCCUCGGCUGGUACUACAAUGGUCCUACACCUAAAGCUGCUGCCCCCGUUAAACCCGUUGCGGAAAAGCCCGAGGCUGCUACUGGCGCGAAGAAGCCCAAGCGAAAGCCCACGAAGAAGGAGAAGUCUCCAGAGCCUACUCCGGAGCAGAAGUCCGAAGAGAAGAAGCAGCAGCCUGCAGUUGAGGUUAAGCCCCAGGAGGCCGACAAGGCCGACGAAGAAAUUGACAACAAGGAGAUGGCCAAGCGCUUUACUGCGGUGAAGAACGGUACCGUCCCUGCUUCGGGAUCCAGCAAGUCCCAGAAGAAGAAGAAGAACAACAACAAGAAGGCUGCUACUACUGAGCGCUCUCCUUCGACCACCGGUGCUGAUGCAGACGAUGACCUCUCUUCUACUGGUUCUCCCGUGGUGAACCCCACUUCUGGCGGUUACGUUUCGGACAUGUUGGAGGAACCCGCUCCCGCUGCCUCGGUUCUGCGUGUUACUGGAUCUGUCGAGUCGCAGCCCAAGAAACAGAAGCCUCAAUCCUUUAAGCCCGUCGAGACCAAGAAGCAGCGCCAGCAGAGACAGAAGAACGAAGAGCGUAAGGAGCAGGUCAAGGAGGCUGAAGAGGAGCGCCGUAAGUUGCUCGAGAAGCAGCUUCACUCUGCCCGGGAGGCCGAGCGUCGCGAGGCGGCCAAGGUUAAGCCCGCGGCCCCGGCCACCAACGCCUGGCAAACCAAGAAUGUGAACAAUGUCGCCAACGGAGCCCCGAAGCCCGCGGCCGUCCCCAAGGUGGAGCUGUUGGACACAUUUGACGAAAGCUCGUUGGCCAAGUCCGGCUCGAACCAGUGGUCGAAGGACCUUCCUUCUGAGGAGGAACAGAUGCGCCUGCUCAGCGGAGCUGACGAAUGGACCACUGUGUCAACCAAGGCCAAGAAGCCCAAGAAGAAGGGCGGUAAGGCCGAUGAGAGCGUUAGCGAGGCCAGCGCAUCGGAGAACAACCUGCCUGCUCCCACCGCUCCCUUGCCAGCGGAACCGAAGGUCACUGUGACCCCGACCUACAUCCCCGACAUCCUUCGAUCGAAGCAGAAGGGUCACCCAUUGGACUCGGACUGGGCGGCUUAAACGGACGACGGUACUUCUCCCUGUUCUAAGGAACAUUUCUCUCGCAACCCAUUCCGUCCAC